AAGUUAGUCGUCCUAAAGCAGUUGGAAAAGCAAUUAGUCCAGCGAAUAUGGAUGUUUUUAGUCUAACGCUUCCGCGAGAUGUACAUAAGAAAGCCCAACGCAAGAUUUUACAGUCGAUCAACACUUUAUCUACUCUGCCAAAAGAGACGACACGUAGUGCAGAUAGUACAGCAGAUUCGCCCUAUAAACCGAUUUCCAAGUGUUGUUGUUUACACGCUGAAAUGAAAAUUCAGCAACGUCUGCCUUUAGCGCUUGAUGAUAUAUUACCGCAUGAAAACAAUUUUUUACAUUCCGGCAACGGGAUUGUUAUUAGUGCUUCUCAGCCUCUGAGUAACCUUACUGACAAUUGGGUACUGCAUAAAGUGAAAUAUGGCGAGGGUGAAGCUUUAAAUACUUGUCAAAUUUCAUCUGAUGGGCGGUAUAGAAAAUGGAAUUCUACGGCUUCGGUGGAGCCCAUAUCUUUAUCAUAUUUGACAGCUGGAAAACAUGUAAUGUAUCUACCUGGCGAAGAACCAAAUGCCAACACCACUCGUAAUGGAGUAUCAUGUAGAACCACUAUGCGGAUAGAUGAACAGAACCAGUACAAACAACAGCAACGUCGCCAGGAAAUAGUAUGCCAAAGAUUGCGUGAUGAACUAACGAAUCCGGGUAAUUAUACUCUAACAGCCUCACGUAUACCUGUAAAAGCUGCUUCUGGCAUCGAAAGGCCGCAACAAUUCAUGUUUCAAAGUACUAUACGUCUAUUAGAAAAAAAAAAUUUGCCUGAACGACUUCCAAAUGAUAUUAAACUUAGGGAUGCCCAGCGGAAAAGAGAAUUGGAAGCGAUGAAGUGUGUUGAAGACGAUUAUCAUCGCAAACGCGUCAUCGAAAAAGCCAGUAUUCGAUACCAGUUACAGUUAAAUGUUGACGGGAAUUUAUCUCCUGAAGUCCCAAAUGGGUUGCAAUAUGAUCGCAACAACAACAUUGCAUGUCGGGCUAAUCCGGAUGGUGCUGUAUCGAACACGCCCUCUCGGUGUACUAAUGCUCGCAUCAGAGAAAGUACGCUGAACUAUUCCGAUUGUGGUGAUGAAAGUGAUACUGAAGUAGCUGAAUUAUCCAACUUUCAACAUCCGGAGACUUUGUUAGAACCAUAUCUCCAAUCAAUAAUAAACUGAUAUACAUUCUAGGUUUA